AUGGAUAUUUACGCGGACUGGUUCAAACAGCCUGGGGAUCUGCAGUACCUUAACUGUCUGAUCAUUUUAUGGCUCUUCCGGCUGCGGCAGGCCCUGGAUGACAGGAUUUUGGAGCGCGAGUCCAGGGGUGGCCCCAGUCGUUUGGAGUCUUUCUUCGGGCCUAAAAACUCUGAUGACGAAGUCUCUGCUGGCACCUUCAUACAGAAAGCGGUCUCCAUGGCAUUGAGUCCGGAAUGCAUCCCUGCAGAAAAGGACUUGGCCAUGGGCCUUGCACAGCUUGGUGCAAAGACCACAGGAACCAUGUCCAGGCAGGCAGCGUUCCGAGCACUUGCUCUCGCUAGGGAGCACCGUCGAAGGCAGAGGCUCCAGCUGACAAAGGCUCGCUCCAGCCUUCUCGCGCAGCAAGUGAAGAGGAGUACCUGGGUGCCUGAGGGCAGCCGACCAACCAGCGCAGCGCCUCCAGGUCCAGGAUUAGGCUUGACGCCUGGUAGCGGCCAGCCGCAUACUCGCAAAGCCUUCCGCUGUGCGGCUUUCGUGGAGUGCCUCGUGAAGCUGGCACUGCAUCGCCUCGGGGCGAAAGGCUCACUAGAACUUCAGCGUGGCGCACCAACAUGGUGGAAGUGCACAUGGUUGUUGAACCACUUGGGGAUGCGCUUCGUCGAGCGUGUCCGGGACAACCAGCAUCAGCGGAAUCUGAAGAAGCUGGUGGGAGAGGAGCAUACACCGGACAAGUGGGAGGAGCUCGACUUUUGGUGGUAUCGCAUGCACCUCACAAACCGCCCGCGGUACAUUAAUCCGAUGGAUCGGCUUGUCCUUUUCCACCCAGACCUUUUCGAGCCCAUGAAGGCGGAGGCCAAGAUUAUGGUGAGCGAAGAUCGCAAGGGGAUUUGCCCAGAAUGCCAG